AUGAAACAUUUUUGGUUGAUUUCUCCCGAUGAAGAGGAUAUGAUUGCUGUGUGGAAAAUCUUAUUCUCAAAACUUGAUGCCCUUUCUAGAGACAAUGAAAAACUACGCCUGCAGUUGGGAAAUCUAGAAAAUCGUAUCGAAUCAUUGGAACAUUCCAGUAAAGCACCACAAAAUGCCUGGAUCAGCAUUCUGCGGCGUCAAGAUGGUUCGGAGAAUUUUUAUCGCAACUGGUCGGAAUACAAAAGGGGUUUUGGCAAUGCCGCACAUGGAGAAUUUUUCAUUGGUCUCGACAGGCUGCAUGCGCUGACCAAUAACUCAACUCAGGAAUUGUUGAUAAUUCUCAAAGAUUGGAAUGAUGAGAUGCGUUAUGCCUUCUAUGAUUAUUUUAAGAUUGGCAGUGAAAAGGAGUUCUACAGCCUUAAAUUGCUCGGAGCAUAUAGUGGUGAUGCUGGAGAUGCUUUGCGCGUACAUCAGGGCAGAAAUUUCUCAACAUAUGAUCAAUGGAAUGAUACUGGUAGUAAUUGUGCCACACGCUGGAAGGGGGCAUGGUGGUAUGCCGUGUGUUAUGAAAGCCAUCUAACUGGUGUCUAUAGACCUUCGGAUAAUUUCACACAACCGGGUGUGGGUUGGCUGAAAUGGAAAUCUGAAUAUUCUCUGAAAUAUGCUGAAAUGAAAAUACGUUUGAAAAUAUUUUGA